UCGGAAGCUUGUCACCAGGGCACCGUGCGCCUAAGCGCACAGAUGUUGAAGAUGCUGGAGAGCCAAUCACCUUUCCUUGCCCUAUUUUUGGCUAACCGUGGCGCUAAACAACAGAACGGUUGGAGAGAGAGGGAACUGGACGGGUGUAUGUAUAUAUGGGAAGGAAGAGGGCGUUUAAGAAUGUUUCCUCUCGCAUCCAGCCGUCAAGGAAACGUCCAGGGGUUUCUUCUGUUGUUUCGGUUUCCUUGUUGUUUCGGUCUCUCGCCUUUCCUACCCUUCCUCUGGAAAAGUUUGGAAUACUCGGCAGCCCUCAAAUCGACCUGAACGUAUCCUACGCGGAAAUUCUAUCUAUUUGCGAAGGGUUAAGGAAACUCCACGUUUUUUCAUACGCCAUCAGCAAUUCGAUUUCCACACCCCAGAUACCAUGACUUUCACAAAAAUCAUCUCCGUCCUACUGGCGCUUGCGCCAGCAACCAUACUCGCUGCUCCCACUAAGACGGCGGAUUCGAUAUCAGAUAUCCUCGCAAGACGUGGGCUCCACGCCAAUGUCAUUAAGAUAUUGGAAGACGGGGUCUGCGAUCUAUCAAAUGCAAAGAUGCCUAUUGCACCCACACCCCUCCCCGAACCAGCACCCGGCCUCCAACUUGCCCACGUAGCCCUCGGCCGCGGAACUCAAAACUAUACCUGCAAAACCGCCUCACCGACCGAGACUCCUGUCGCAGUCGGCGCCAAAGCCCAGCUCUUCAAUGUAACCUGUGAAUCAGUCCGCUCGCCCGCUGUCCUGGCCGACACCCCAGCCCUCGCUCUGGCGCAUGCUAUCCCGCAAAAUGACGUCUCCAAGCGUCUCGUCUCUGGCCACCACGAGUUCACCGCCGCAGGUGUCCCACUAUUUGUCCUCGACACCGAGCAGCAUAAGUACGGGUUUGUGCUGACGAAGAAGGCGGGGGCGUCAGAUGCGCCUGCGAAUGCGCCCAAGGGGAUCAAUGGCCUUGGAAGCGUGCCGUGGUUGAAGUUGACUGCUGUGGAGGGCGACUAUAAGGAGGUUUAUCGGAUUCAUACUGCAGGUGGCAUGGCGCCGAAGACGUGCGAGGAACGACAGGGGGAUUUCCAGGUUGAGUACUCGACCCUUUAUUAUUUCUGGAAAUAGGCGUGGUCCACUGAUGAGGAGGAAUGAUGGGAAAGGGCUUUAUUUGAGAGGAAGGUGAGGGAAUGGUUGGCUUAACACUGUACAGUGCAUUCUCUGGCGUUGGUUUCAUCUUUUGGGUUCAGGUGUGGCUGGUUUUCCAUACCAAGCCUGGAAUGCACUGUUCGUUGAUGAGAAGACUGGACUCGAUAUAGCGUAGGGAGGUUAUCCAUGGUACUCGUAUCGUCAUGUAGGAAAUAUUAAUACCACUAAGCAUCAAUGGGUUU